UUCGGUCACGGAGAGUCUGCAUUUGAUAUCUGCAAACCCAGAGACCACAUCGUGAUGGAAUUCACUGGAGGAGACAUUUACCAGAAGGAAUUCGAUCCCAAAGUUUACCUGGAAUAUUUCCAUUUUGGGAAAGGGUCCGUCGAAGAUGAAUUCCUGGAGUUUAUUUUGAAAUGCUUUUGCAAAAUCUUUACUUCAGGGGUCCUGAAAGGUGGCACCCUGAUUGAUAUUGGCAGUGGCCCCAGCAUCUACCAGCUGCUGCCUGCCUGUGAGUGCUUCGAGAACAUCAUAGCCACUGAUUAUCUGGACAAGAACUGCCAGGAAAUUACAAAAUGGAUGAAGAAGGAGCCGGGCGCUUUUGAUUGGUCCUCGGUGGUGCAGUAUGUGUGCCAGCUGGAGGGGAACAGGGAGACGUGUGCAGAGAAGGAGGCCAAGCUGCGAAGAAGCAUCAAGCAGGUUCUCAGGUGUGACGUCCACCAAAGCAACCCACUGGCUCCCGUCUCUCUGGCCCAGGCUGACUGCCUUCUGUCCACAGAGUGCCUGGAAUCCGCCUGCAAAGACCAGGCGAGUUUCCAGGCCGCCUUGAAGAAUCUCAGUUCUCUGCUGAAACUCGGGGGACACUUGGUACUCGGUGGGGUUUUAGGGUGCACGUUCUACAGGUUGGGCCCUCAUAAAUUCUCCAGCAUGCUCCUCACGGAAGAAAUCCUGAAAAAUGGGCUGAGCACCACUGGGUUUGCCAUUGUAGAGUUCAAUGUGGAGCCCAGAGUUUUCAAGACCCACAUGGAGGACUGUGAUUUCUCCGGGAAGUACGUCAUUCUUGCCCGUAAGGACAAAGAAGUGUAAACCCUGUGGCUUCAUUGUAUCUCAAAAGCCACAACAUCGCUUUGGAUCUGGAACAUGUUUGUUCCAAGCCCAUCUCUACCACAGUUUUAGCUUUCUAAAUGUUGCCUGAAGGCCAUCAUAACCCAUCAUAUACGCCUGUUGGGAGGUCACACCCCAAUAAAGAUGGAAGGGGUUAAAAUAAAGCACUUUCUAAAACAA